GCCCAUGCUGUCUCAUGCCUGCUUACCAAAUGGCAAACUAUUCCCUAGUGCACAAAUUUUGUCUAUCUGCGUUAUGAACAAGCAUGUUGCUGAAAAGCCUCGUGUCUGUCAGUGCAGUUCGUGCACUGAGAGACUAGUAGAGUAAUGACCGCCUGCGCCCUUGUUUCAGCGCAUCUAGAGCGGUGGAGAGAAGAUGAGAGAGAAGGGAGCGUGUUAGGUGAGAUGCUUGGUGCUUCCCUUGGAAGACCUGCAUGUCAAUGAGUGACGGCCAAAUGGAAAUCACUGCUAGAGACAAAAACCAGCUGCAGCUCGUGCUGCUCACACUUGCUCAAUCACAGAGCAACAAAGGGGCGGAUGCUUCUUCUGCCGCUCAGGCGGGCCAUCAUACUACACAUAUCAGCACUGACACAGCCGAUUGGAAAGCUGAUAUAUGCAAUUGCUAAACACUGACACGGUUGACUGCAUCCGCCUUCAAAUAAAGUCAUGGAGCUGGAGCACUUUGACGAGCGGGAGAAAGCCCAGAGAAAUACCCGCAGAGGCUCCAGGAACAACGGGCUGCCGAGCCCCACUCACAGCGCCCACUGUAGUCUGUACAGGAACCGGACCCUGCAGUCUCUAGCCUCGGAGAAGAAGGCCAAGAAGGUCCGCUUUUAUCGCAAUGGAGACCGCUACUUCAAAGGGAUUGUCUACGCUAUUUCCCAGGACAGGUUCCGGUCUAUAGAUGCCCUUUUGGCUGAUCUGACCCGCUCCCUGUCAGAUAAUGUGAACCUGCCCCAGGGGGUCCGGACCAUCUACUCUAUUGACGGGACCAAGAGAAUAUCCGGCAUGGAGCAGCUGGAGGAAGGAGAGAGCUAUGUGUGUGGCUCCAUAGAGUCAUACAAGAAGCUGGACUACACUAAGAAUGUCAACCCCAACUGGUCAGUUGGGGUGAAGACAGCUGCGGCUGCCUCUGCACGUGGCCCCCCAUCCCUGGGCAGUGCCAAGGCUGGGGCCCCGGAGACCAGGGAGAGUAAGAACUUCAUUCGGCCCAAACUGGUCACCAUCAUCCGCAGCGGGGUGAAGCCUCGUAAGGCCAUCCGCAUCCUCCUCAACAAGAAGACUGCCCACUCCUUUGAACAGGUUCUCUCUGACAUCACAGACGCCAUCAAGCUGGACUCUGGGGUUGUCAAGAGUCUGUACACCGUGGACGGGAAGCUGGUGACAUGCCUUCAGGACUUCUUUGGUGAUGACGACAUCUUUAUGGCCUGUGGUCCAGAGAAGUUUCGCUACCAAGAUGACUUCCUCUUAGAUGAGAGUGAGUGUAGGGUGGUGAAGUCGACGUCAUACGGUCGGAUCUCCUCUCUGCUGGGACGCUACUCACCCAGAGGAGGAGGCUCACCCAGAGGAGGAGGCUCACGCCGAAGCUCAGGCUCAGCCAAUGGGACAGUAGGCAGUCAGCUGUCGACUCCUCGAUCUGGGAAGUCCUCCAGCCCCUCUCCUACCAGUCCUGCCAGCCUCCGACGACACAGGGGGUCCCAACACAGUGGCACAUCCCUGUCUCUAGCCUCCACCAAGGUGUGUAGCUCCAUGGAUGAGGGAGACGGAGCAGGAAGUGAAGCGGAGCUGAACCUGCUGAGUGAUGAAUGUCCCUCCGUCCCUCCGUCCAUCGCUGAGAGGUACAAGGUGGGGAGGACUUUAGGUGACGGUACCUUUGCUGUUGUCAGAGAGUGUGUGGAGAGAUGUACGGGCAGAGAAUACGCCCUGAAGAUCAUCAACAAAGUCAAAUGUAGGGGAAAGGAACACAUGAUCCAGAACGAGGUGUCCAUCCUCCGUCGUGUCAAACAUCCCAACAUUGUCCUGCUGAUCGAGGAAAGGGACACCUACAGCGAGCUUUACCUGGUCAUGGAGCUGGUCAAGGGGAGUGACCUAUUUGAUUCCAUCACCUCCUCUAAUAAAUACACAGAGAGAGAUGCAAGUGGAAUGAUAUAUAACCUGGCCAGUGCCAUCAAGUACCUGCACAGCCUCAACAUCGUACACAGAGACAUCAAACCUGAGAACCUGCUGGUGUAUGAGCACCAGGAUGGUAGUAAGUCUCUGAAGUUGGGAGACUUUGGAUUGGCUAGCCUGGUGGAUGGACUCCUCUACCUGGUCUGUGGCACCCCCACCUAUGUAGCACCUGAGAUCAUCGCUGAGACAGGGUACGGGCUGAAGGUUGAUAUCUGGGCAGCUGGAGUGAUCACAUACAUCCUGCUGUGUGGCUUCCCUCCCUUCAGUGGGAGCAGUGAGGACCAGGAGAUUCUGUUGGACCAGAUUCUAACGGGACAACUAGACUUCCCUUCACCGUCCUGGGACAACGUGUCUGUCACUGCUAAGGAGCUGAUCACAGGGAUGCUGCAGGUGAAAGUGGAACAGAGAUACACAGCUCUGCAGGUUCUGGAUCACCCCUGGGUCAAUGAUGAUGGGCGAUUAGUGAACGACCAGCAGCUGUCUGUGGCUGGGAAGAUUAAGAAACACUUCAACACUGGUCCUAAAGCCUGCAGCACCACUGCUGGAGUGUCUGUUAUCACAACCACCCCUCUUGAUAAGGAGCGGCAGAUUUUCAGACUAAGACACCAGCAGGGUGUGAGGUUGAAGUCCCACCCCCGCCUCCAGCCCCAUCCCCAACCAACUGGCUUCCCCACUAGCACCAGCCAAAGCUCCAACAACCCUGCCCUUUCUCCCGCUGAUUUCACUUCAGAGUCAGAAGAUUAUUCCCCCAGCCCCUCCCCCACCUCCCCUAGCUCCGCUGACACCGUCCGCUCCCCCACCUCCCCCUUCUAGACUUCUAGACCCCGAAGGAAGAGAGAGGGGAGAAGAGGAUGGAAAGAGAACGAGGAAGGACAGGGGGCACGCAUUCCUCUACUAACACUAGCCCAUGACCCUGUAUUCAUGACAGUCUGUCAAGAUGCCUGCCAAUUACUUAAACAUUGAUUUGCCAUUCCGGCUACAUUGUCAGUUAACUCUAAGAUUCAUUGGGGUCAGAGCCAUACACAGAAAUCAGUUAGGGUGGGGUUAGGGUUAAAGGUUAGAGGUUAGGGUCAAGGUUAAAGGUGUAUUCUGGAUGGGUUCUGCUCUGGCCCUGAGAGGUUACUAAGGCAGAGAAUCUGUAUCGUCUUAUCUUUUCUAAGACACCACACAGACAUACAGUAGUUAAGCCUUUUUUCAGCAAACACUGACUACUCAUCCGCUGAAGUCCCCUGGUGUUGGGAGAUGAGUACUGCAGGGCAACCAACCUGCUAACACAACAACUAUAUAAACCAACAGAUCAAAAUCUUCCAUUUAACUUGACGGGACCUCAUACACCCUGAAUAGGGCGUCUUAAGUAUUUCUGUGAUUAAACAUACAUUUUGAAAAAUAAUAAUGAUAAUAAUAAUGACUUUGUGUCCUUGAAAAGCACUAUAUAAAUUAAAAAACAUUUAUUAUUCAUUUUGAAAAUGUAUGCAUCCAGUCAGUUAUCUAUUUCAGUGAAGUGAUAUAGCAUCCAAUUCAUUACAACUUGUUUAGUUAAUUCUGUAGAAAAACACUUCCAAGUGAAACGAUGUAAUCUCAGAUUCAGAACAUUCAAUAAUGUGUAAUGUGAAGACAUAAUGUAUGUACACUGAACAAACAUAUAAACGCCACAUGUAAAGUGUUGGUCCCAUGUUUCAUGAGCUGAAAUAAAAGAUCACAGAAAUUUUC